GGUGGAUGGACAGGGCGGACAGAGGUGGGCAGUUACGGUUGUUUUUGGAACCUAAUAAGAAAAGCCCCUCCAAAAUCGGCCAUGUUGGUAGUUUAGUAGCGGCUUGAAAGGGCGGCAAUUUAAAAACAAAUAUAAGCCGUACUUAGGGGAUCCGACAUGACUCUUUUUUAAUAGGGGUCCGUUUUUUAAUAGGUACUCGGGAUUACAGAGAGCUACAGAGCCAUGUCGUCGAUGGGGCCACGGCAGAUUGCACGGACAAGCCUGCGGACCAGCCCGAAGUCCGGUGCGAGCUCCAAGGUUGGGCGCGAGGAUGUGGAAGGCGACGGCCCGGGCUCGCACCUCCUCGGCUCGGAGCGACGCGACGACGCAAACGGAGACCUCGACCGACUCGCCUCAGUCCAGUGGAGAUUGGGCCUCGGACACGCUUCAAUCAGGGGAGCCUGCAACUCCCCGUCGCGAAAGGGGGCUGCAAGAUGAGUCUUGGGGCCUCUCCUCGUUGGAUCCAAGCACAUGGCCGGUACUCAAGGAUGCUUUUGGUGCAUCCUCAAUGCGGUUCACCAUGGAUCGCAUGAGCAUGGCAUCCGUGCCAGAAGGUGACGAAAGACCAGUGACAUCCAGCCAGAUGAGGAGUUUGGAAGAUGAACUGGCCAAGGUUGGUGAACAAAAGGAGUUGCUGCAUCAGCUUUGUUGGGACAUCUUAGUAUUGGCCAAAAGUGAAGGCUUCCCAGCAAAGGAGGCGCCGCUCUCAGCUGGCGACCUCGUGGUCGAGGCCCAGAAAGGCCUUGUGGCGCUUCGACAACGUCUAGCUCAUGAAUCGAAGCCAAAGAGUGCAGCUCAAGCCGGGCUGACUCCAGGUCCUCGCUCACCGAUGGGGCAAUUUCGCUUGGUCUCCGCAGCUACCAGCACUUCGGCACCUUCUGUGAAGUCCGUUUCUGUGACCUGCCCUGCUGUGUCCUUGCAGAGCCCCCCACAGGUCACACGCUUUGUUUCGGCGGGCACAUGCGCCACCCCUACGGUGGGAGCCACAUCACCGAUCCGCACGGCCUCUCCAAUGACUUCAGCUCAAUGGCCGGCGAACUACGAUCUUCCUGGUCUUGGCUAUGGUCGUUCACGCUCCGUAAGUGUGACCCGACGUCAAUACCGACACUUCUGGGUGCUCGAGCGGGAGGAACGCUUCCUGCUUUGAGGUGGUUCAGGGCCCCCACCGGGGGUUCAGUGGGCUCCAGGAAGCCAAGUUCUGAUGAUUCAAUCGCGCGCUUCCUUGUUUGUUUCCGAUGUCAUGCUCAUCCAGUAUCAAGAGCCACAAGGAUUCUAUCUUGAUUCGAUCCGUGAGGAUCCGUGAGGAUCCGUGAGGAUCCGUGAGGAUCCGUGGAUCCUUUGCUUUGCAAAUCAGGCGGGGGCCCCGCAUUUUUCUUCGGCAAGUUCUCAAGUCGCACUUUUUGGAGCGACUGGCGGGAGACAAUUCAAGUCCGUCCUGGGCUGAGAAUGAUUUCUUCAUGUACCCG